AUGAACAGUCUGAGCGUCCGACCGCGUCCCAUGGCUUCCGUACAUUCCGAGUAUGGCACUAUUUAUCAGGUUUUUCUCAUUUACUUCAAAGUCAAUAUCAAUAUAAUCAAUUCUUCUCGAUUUGAAAGGCGAGAUUUGUUGAUUGGCAAGAGUGGCGCGUUGCGUGUGCGACGCGGCUUUUGGCGGGGAACUAGAGUUCAAAAGCGAGCCGCUUUUUUGACAGUUUUUCAAUACAUUUUGAUUUUUUAUUGGUUUUAAAAGAUUAAGUUAACGAAUUAAAUAACAAGAACUUUCUUUUUUCUACAUUUUUACGAUUACCUUUGACCUGGAGUUCCUCUCCAAAAGCCGCGUCGCACACGCAACGCGUCACCCUUGCCAAUCUACCCAUUGCCUUUCAAGCCACGGAAAAUUGACUAUACACAAGUGAAACGGCAAAAUUACUUGAAUGUAUCUCAAAAAGAUUUGUAAAGAUUCGAAGCUCCCAAAAUGAUGGGAAAAUAGCUUUUGAGCACCUUUUUCAUUGCCUCAGAGGACCUUUUUUGAACCCUCUGGAAUCUUUUCAGUUGCUUUCCAGCAUCCUUUUCACCAAAAGUUGGGGAAAAGACGCAAAAGUGAAAUAAAAAAGAUCUUCUGGGAACCUUUAGAAGAUCCUUUUUUGAAUGAAGCUGUUCCGUUUUACUCCAGUAGACACACGUUUAUUCAAAAAGAAUCGACUUGGUACAGCGCCUGUGAGCUUUGAUCUAGCCAUUGAAACUGCAGGUUCAUUUACCGAUUUGGUCAAUUAUUUCGUGUAACAUGAUCAUUUAAGCUCUAGCAUAAUGAUUUUGGUUCGUUUUUCAAACGCUUUUUUUGUUGCAAAAAAAUAGAUUCUAUUUUUGACGGCAUUUUAUGUCUAUUUAUCAAUAAAACAUUGUUUUUUUAUUAAACAGAAAAAGAAGAAAUAUUUUCAAGAAACAAGGGAAAAAAAUUUAAACAAAAAAAGAAAUAAAGCGACAACAGAUGGUUACAACUUUUGGAAGAUUUUCUCAUCUGGGAUCAAUUUUAAAGGAUUUCGGAACUCGGAAAAAGGUUCCUUGUUCAUUUUAAUCAAAAAUAAAGGUUUUACACUUUUUUAUUCUGUCAAGUCGUUUCACCUUUAUUCACAAAGUUUAUAUUUUCAAACAGGUCCAAUUUUUUUCUUCCAAAAAUUUCUAUUUCAAGAAAUGCAGAUCCUCAGAGACCCCUCCUCUAAUUUUUAUUAAUUAUCUCCAUUAUGUUAUAUUUUUCAUCUUUAUUUUGUUUACCUCUCAGCCACUGUUCUCCGUCUCGCCCACGCCUACCAAACUAUAUAGGAAAUAGAAAAACUAAAUUGUCGAUCAAACACCUCCAAAUUUUUUUAUUUAGAAAAAAAUCAUUAAUAUUUAAAGAUGGGUACGCCACCUGAAAAGCCGCAGCCGUUUUGCACGAAAAAAUCCAUUGCCGUGGCGAUUUUGGCGGUUUUAUUUGCUGUGAUCAUCACUGGCCUCGUCACCUACAAUGUUACGCGAGUGACACUGACCGGGAAAUCUGGGUGAGUCUGAUGAACCCUGAAAAAUUCAAAUAAAAAUGAGAAGAAUCCAAUAAAAGCAGGAAAUUAACGUGUUACAUGCAUGAUCGUUUAGCGCAAAUUUUUUAUUACACGACGUUACGUUUCCUAAUCGGAACACUAUAAAGAAUUGGCCAAGAAAACUUUAAGGUAAAAUUAAAAAUCAAAAAAAAAAUUAAAAGUUUUGUUGUUAGCCGUAGAGCGUACUUUCUGCCUCGUAUUCCAAAAAAUCCAAAACACCUCAUUUUCGUCACUUUGCCCAACUUUUUUCGAUUUUUUUGUUAUUUUCAUUCUUAAUUGGGUUGUUUAAGCAGAGUUGGCUUUUGCAUAUACUAGGCGCUUAUUAAGAGUCGCCCCGUUGCGUUUCAAACUCCAGUUCAAAAUUUUCAAACGUUUUGUAACUUUUUUGAAUUUAGACUCCUUUUUCCCUUUUUUUCAAAUUUCGAUUUUCGAUUUGUUUGAAGGUUGAACUAUCCCAAUGAAGAUGGAGAUGGAACUGUGGAGCCAGUGGAUUCGACGUCGGACGUAUCGGCGGAAGAUUUGCGGCUUCCUCGGAGUGUCGAGCCAGGUCAGAGGGUCGAUUGAAAGCCUUCUUAUACAUAUUUUUGCAGUUCACUACGAUCUGACAAUCAAAACAUACGUUCCUGGCUAUCCGGGUACUCCUGAAGACCGGAAAAUGAGCUUCGACGGUCAAGUGAAAAUCAGGAUGAAUGUGAAACAACGUGUUCGGAAAAUUUCCUUGAGUUCUGUCCAGUUGAACUACACAACUGCCAAGUGUUCAGUUACUUCUGUAGGCUUUUCAGAAAGUAUUUGAAGGAUGUAAAAAAUUCAGAAUGGGGUAAAUAUCCCGAUUGAAUCGAUCGAACAAACGGAAAAGUUUGAGAAGGUCUACAUCAACCUGGGCGAAGCUUUGCCAGAAAAUCAAGAAGCUGAGGUCAAGGUGAGAGGAAAAAUCGUUAAUUUAAAAAAAUAAAAAAACUUUAUUUUUGAGCUUUUCUUUUUUUGGCAAAUUCCGAGACGACCUCAAUGGUAUUUACUGCACGGAGUACACUGAAUCUGACGGGAAAAAUGAAGUUUUUUUGAAAUCCAUUUGAAAAAUUAAAUUUAUGAAUUUUUUUAAAAGAUACGCCAUCGCUACUCAGAUGGAGCCCACUGAAGCCAGGAAAAAUGGUCCCAUGCUUUGAUGAACCCGAUUUCAAGGUGGGUUUCCAAUAAUAAACCAAAAAUGGAAAAAAAUGAGAAAAAGUCUAAUAAGAAUAUAAAAAUUUUUUUAAGCCUUCAAGCAGAUUCCCUCUUAUUCUUUUUUCAAUGUCCUUUUUUGUGUAUCCAGUAAAUUUUUUCCAAAUCCAAAUCUCAAAAAUUUUUUUUAGGCCAACUGGACAGUUACUGUAAUUCAUCCAACUGGCACCAAAGCCAUUUCCAACGGAAUCGAGGAAAGCGAGUCUACGUGAGUUUAAAAAUGCUCGGAAACCAUUUUUUCAAAUCAUUCCGGAGUUUUCAUUUUGUGGAACUUUUUCGAGAAUUUUUCAAUUUGCUGGUAAUCUAAAAUGAUCACAACAGUUUGCUGAGUGCUUUCAGAUUUUGAAUUUCAAGUCGUCGUUCAAGCUCCGCCCCUAAUGGCAUGAUGAACCAAUCAGAGAACGAGCCAUUCACAGAGCUUUUUGGAAUGACGUCAUUCCAAUUGAAAUUCGAAAUCUGAACAGACUAAAUUUCGACAUGCAAAAGCCUGGUUUGUCAGAAACAAUUACUAGAAAAAAAACUGUUUCUCAAUUAAUUAUUGUUCCUUUUAUCUAUGAUGUUCCCUUGGAACCUUGAAAAGUUGCUUCGAAAUAACUAGUAUCUUGUUUUUCUUCAGUGUUGAUGAAAACUUCAUCUCGACCAAGUUCAAGACGACGCCGAAGAUGUCGUCCUACUUGCUCGCUCUUUUCGUCUCCGAAUUCGAUUACGUCGAGAAAAAGACGAAAAAUGGAGUCAGGGUCAGUCCCGACCUACCCAACCCUCCCAACUUCUCAAUGGGCUUCAGUUCCGGAUUUAUGCGCGUCCCGAAGCGAAACACCAGCUACAGUACGCCCUGAACGCCGGCGUCAAGUGCACCGAGUACUACGAAGAGUACUACGGAGUCGAGUUCCCUCUCGAGAAACAGGACAUGGUCGCCAUUCCCGAUUUCGCGGCGGGAGCCAUGGAAAACUGGGGAUUAAUUACCUACAGGUGAGAGAAGUGGUUUGGCAUGAAGAAAUUGUACAGUUGGAAGAGAAGUAAAAAUGGACAUGCCUUGGGAAUUUUAUCAAAAUGGGUUCGGGUCUAUUCUAGACUGCCUUGAGGCUAUAUGGGCGAGCGUUUACGCAGCGUAAAUGGGCUUAAGCAGGUAAAAUUGAAGUUUUUUGCGAAUGCCUGAGUCGUGUAGGUCAGAAGUGUUCAAUAGAAGUAGAAAAUGGGAGAAAAAUUUUGAUUGAUAAGUUUUUUUAAACCCGAGAUCAAGCUACCCAGUGACUGGUGAAUAAACUUUCAUGUUUAUUUCCAGAGAAAACUCCCUUCUUUAUGACGAGAACAUAUACAAUCCUGGAGCCAAGCAACGUGUAGCCCUCGUGAUUGCUCAUGAACUCGCCCAUCAGGUCGGUCAUCUACUACCCAAACUGCUUCUGAAAAAUAAACUGUAGUGGUUCGGAAAUCUGGUCACGAUGAAAUGGUGGGACGAUUUGUGGCUCAAUGAAGGUUUCGCGACCCUCGUCGAGUACAGCGGAACUGACGUCAUCAGCAGUGGAAACUUCAGAAUGGUUUGGAAGAUUCCUAACAUUCCAGUUUCAAUAUUUCUAAAAUUAGGACGAGUUCUUCGUGAUCAACUCCCUGGCUGGCGCCUUGGCGUACGAUUCGAAGGCCUCGACUCAUCCGCUUUCCUUUAAAAUCGACAAGGCGAUGGAAGUCGACGAAGCUUUUGAUAAGAUUUCCUAUGAUAAGGUUGGAUUUUUCAUUCUCGAAUUAUCUAAAAAGAUAUAUUCAGGGUGGCUCCGUGCUUCGGAUGCUGAGGAAGGUCAUCGGCGAGAAAAACUUCCAGGAGGGACUUCAAGCAAGUUUUCAGAAGAAAAAAACGAUUUAACAUAGAUUUUCAGCACUAUCUGAAUGUCCACAAGUACAGCAACGCCAAGGCCGUCGACUUGUUCACGGCUCUGAACGAAAAAACGCCAGAUUCCGUUAUUGGACCCAAUGGGGAGAAGCUGGACGUUGUGAAAUUCGCCGAGCAGUGGACUAGCCAGGUUGGGAACCUAGCAACUCCAGAUGGGUCCCCGUAGGGGGCAACUUUAGGGGUCCUUGAAAGUUUCCCUCUAGGGACCACUUUACUAACACCUACAGGUCAUAAACUCUAUGAGAAGAGCCUUUUUCCAUGCGAAAAACUUGAUUAAUUAACGUUAUUUGAAUAAAAAUUGUCGAUAGAGGAUUAUCUGAUUAAGUUUUUCUUUUUAAUUUGGAAAUCUGGACGAAAAAUAGAGAUACCCUAUAGGGACUGCUUGAGCUUAAGAAAUUGCUUUGAUCGGUUUUUUUGCCGUGUUGUGUGCAACUCUUCCAAUUUUUUUAAAAUUUAAUUUUUUUAAAUACUAAUAAUUAAGUUUAUUACAAUAGAAAGGAUCUAGAACAAAAAAAUUUUUACCUCGUUAAAAAGCCACUCAGACGCUUAAAAUUCAAACCGGGGGCAUUUCUAGUGGCCACUUUAGCGGCGUCAGCGCUCUCAAAGGGGUCCCUAGAACUUCUCAAUAACGUCCAGAGCGCGUCCGAUUUACGUUACCGAGACCCCUACUUUACCGAGGCCCGAGUAGUUUGAAUCAAAUACAAGGGUUUUCUGUAGCGACUGUUGAGUACUCUUAAGGGACCUCUUCAAAACUGCUUCUUAAAUUUCCUCAACGUAGCUUUGAACAGUCAAAAAUUGGAUUGAAACCUUUCAGAUUUUUAGAUUUUUUUCUGGUGCACCGAAAAAAUUCAUUAUUCAAUCAUGAAGCUAGUUCACUUGUGUCUUUUUUUAAAGAACGCAAAAAUAUAUUCGUAUUAUAAAUAUUUAUUUCAAAAUAGGUUUCCCUAGAGAGCUCAAAUUAAGGUGAUCUCUUUUUUUCACAACUUUACUUUUUUCAGCUCGGCUACCCGCUCUUGACUGUCAGCCGCUUCAACGACAGUACCAUCAAAGUGACCCAAGAACGAUUCAAACAAAAUAAAAACGCCCUGGAAAAGCUCAAGUAUCGGAAUCCGAAAUAUGGGUUUAUCCAAUGAUUAUGUCCUCUUUUUCAAAAUGUCUUCCAUUCAGUUUCAAAUGGGACGUCCCGGUGUGGUACCAGGAAGCCGGAACGGAUGAGAUCAAGUUUGCCUGGCUCAAGCGAGGUUUUUCAAUUACUUUUAAAAUAUAAUUCGAAAGAGGAAUUUUCAGAUGAGCCACUCUACUUGAAGUCGAAGGACUCGGUAGUCGUGAACGCAGAUUCUUUCGGAUUUUACCGAGUAAAUUAUGAGGACGCGGAGUGGCAGAAGAUCGGGGCUCUACUGGUCAAGGAUCAUGAAGUUUGUCGGAGUUCAGGAACGUUAGAGUGGUCCGCAGAGGGGCAACCUCAGGGAUUAUUUAAGGGACCCCUCUAGACUCCAUUUUACCUCCUCCUUUAAAGCUUCCAAAAUUGGCCACUCUAGGGCAGGGCAGAAUGCUGGUGGACCCUACAGGAAAUUUGACCCCUCUAGGGCAGAAUUCUGGGGGACCCUAGAGGAAAUAUGGGAGGAAAUAAACCUUCGUGAUUUUAUUCCAAGUAACUGUUGUGAAAAAAAAGAGAUCACCUUAAUUUGAGCCCUCUAGGGAACACUAUUCUGUCUCCUAGUGGCUCUUUUUUCCCCACUAACCCCUCUAGGGACCACUCUGACGUUUCCAACCAGCCCAAUAAAUAAGGCUUGAAACAGUCUGACCUCUCUGCGCUCUCUUUUCUCUUACCGACAUGGUGAUGCUAACAGAAAGAAAGAGAGCGCAGAGAAACGAGACAGUUUCCAAUCGCGCCGAAUAUUGGAACAAACGUGAGAUUUUCAGAAAUUCUCGACGAAAACGCGAGCUCGUCUCGGUGAAGACGUCUUCAGAUGCGCCGUCGUCGAUUUGGUCGACUAUGAUGUUGCUAUAGACUUCAUUCAGUAUCUAUCCAAAGAAAAGGUAAAUCAGGAGUUGCGAAAAAUGAAUUAUGAAAUUGAUUGCUGUUUCUUGAAGUUUUUGUGGAGUCAAAUUUCAACCUCCUUCAAGAACACACUUAAUGAAACAGCCAUUUUGAGCCUUUUUCCAGAAAAAUAAGAAUUUUGAGCAGGUUUUCGAGAGGAUAGAUAUCAAAAUCUAAAAGUUUAAAGUAUAAGCAUUACCUCUCAAUGAUAUUUCACGUUUGAUCAGGAAAUUCUGUUAAAAUUGGCUCAAAAUCUUUUUAUGUAGAGAAAAAAACGCUUCAAAAGGCUCAAAUUGUCUUUUCCUCUCACAAAUUGACGCAAAGUCAAAGGAACCACCAAAAUUGGUAAAGUCUAAAAUUUUGAGCUUUGCUUAUCGAAAAAUGAGGUUUAUGAGUAGGUUGAGAUCAUGAAAUUUUUGGAUUUUUCGUCGAGUCUCCAGGAAUAUUCAAAAAAUGAUGAUUUUGAAGGUCUUGGGUAAGAAAAAAUGACGAAAUAUUCCAAUUUUUCAGUCAAAUCUCCAGAAUUUUUUCAAACAAUGACGAAUUCUAAUGCAUUGAGUGGGACAAAUUGUGGAACUAUACCAAUUUUCCUAUCAUUUUUCUUCUGUUCUUUGACUUUUUAAUACGACUUCAAGUUGAAUAAUCAAAAAUACCAGGAUUACCUUCCCUGGAACACGGCUUUCAACGAGUUUCACGCCAUCCUCAGUUAUUACGGUAGCGAUCCCGAAGUUGAGCCCGUCAAGGUUUUUUUUGAUAAAAUACUUGUUUUAUUCCAUUUUUUUCAGAAAUAUCUUCUCCAACUUUUGUCCACAAACUACGCCGCCAGCAGCUUCGACCUUCUGGCCAAGAACUACAAGGACGACAAGGAGUUCUUCCAAGUGUUCGUUUUUUUCUUCUUCUCAAAGCUCAUUUUUCUAAUUCUAUCAAUUAAUAAAAAGAAAAAGUUGUUUUUUCACGAUUCCGGUUUUUCCAGACGAUACUCAAGCAAGAAAAAAAAAAUCAGAGGUCCUGGAAUUUUUUCGAAGUCUUACAUUUACUUUUGACAGAUAACUUGUACGGGGAAGAAAUUCUGUUCAAUUCUCUGGAAUACAGGCUAGAGGCUUAGACUGGGCUAUUAUAACCCUAUAAAAAAUAUACAGCCUAACCAAACUUUUUUUCUAUAAAAUAGCUAUUUUCCAAAUGGCAGUGUUCAAUAAAGUAGAUGAAGAUUUUCAAGAAACUCAAAAAAAAAAGUCUUUUUCAAUUGUUCUUCCUUAUCCUAAUAUUAUAAAAAAGCCUUUCUAAACAGGAAAAGAUCGAAAUUAAUCAAUUAAAGAGAUUUUGAGGCCUUCCUAAUAUUCAGGAAAACUGCGCAGUCAAUUUAUUGCAUACGGUCUCAGAUAUAGAAAAAUUCUCCAAGCUUCAACAAAAUUUGGGUUUUUAACACACGGAGUACGACUAUUGGGAAAGUGUCUAAAAGGUUUUGGUCUGAAAAUGUUCGGAUUCCAAACCGGAUCUAAAUGCAAGCUUUAUAUAUUACCGAUAAAACCGAUUCUUCUGAAUAAUAGAACUUUUUGAAACUGGAAUUUCAGGCAACUGAUGACCCAAACGAUGUCGACGGAAUGCGCCCUCGGCGACGUCGAUUGCGUCGGAAACGCCACGGCUUUAUUCAAAAACGAAGUCGAGCCGAAUUGCAAGGGCGAGGGAAACAAGACUUCAACUUGCAACAAGUCUUUCAAACUCCGCUGUUUUUUUUCUGAAACGCUGAAAUUUCAGACUUGCGGCACCACUUAGACCUUCCGUCUACUGUUAUGGAGUGAAAAAUGGCGGUAUCAAGGCUUUCAAUCAGGUAUAGCUUGAAAAAACCGCUCCGACAACAUGCUGAAUAUUAGAUACAUCUCUCGUAAACUAAUGGGAAGAUUUUUGCGUAACUUCUAAAAAAUCUUCAAGGACUUUUUGGACAAAACAAGAAAAAGAAAUACUUUUCCAGGUUUUCGAAUGGUACCGAAUCGAAGAUGUCCAGCGUGAAAAGGAGAACUUGCUGAGAGGAAUGGCCUGUUUGGACGAUAUUCCGACCUUGAAGAAGUUUGAUUCAUUUCUUUGAGGCUUUUAAAAAGGCAUCAAUUUGAGAAGAACUUGAAGAAAAAGAACAGAGAAAAUAAGUGAAUACAAUAAGAAAUUUUUUUAAUGGAGAACAAAAUGGGCCUAGUUUCAAGGUUGAACAAAGAGUUCUGAUCCUGGUGCUUCGCCUAAAGCUGCGCCAGAGCUUUAGCAACUUCCGCUAGUUUGCUUGAAAAUGCAGCCUCGCGAGAGUAGAAUUUUGUCACUAUAGACUAUAGUUGUUCCAGACGGGCUUUUCUGUAAUCGAGACGAGCCCAUCGAGAUUUCGAGAAAAAAAAAGCUCAAAUAAUCGCAAUUUUGACCUUAAAACCGACAUUUUCGUUUUGAAAUCGUCUCAAGAAUUUCGAGACGAGAAAGACUUUUUCUGAGACACGAUGAAAGAACACGAGUCAGCACUUUGCAGACUCCUUCUGAACGCCAUGAAUGACAAGAAGAGCGAUUUCCGACUGCAAGACACGGCCAGCGUGUUCUCCGCCGUUGGAAGCAACGACCUCAGCAAAGAAUUCUUCCUGAACUUUUUGAUCAGCCGCUGGGAUGACCUACAAGUUCGGUAAGGCUCCGAAAAUGUUCUCCUGGACUUUUUCUUUGAUUCCAGCUUGAAGAAAGACUUGUCGGGCUUCCGGAAAAUCAUCUCCAUUUUGGCCAGCAACAUCCGAACUUCUUCCGAGUUGUUACAGGUUCGUGAACUUCAAAAAAAAAAAUUGCGAUGCGAGAGCUUGAAAAGUAAGUUUUUGCUUGCAGCUGCGAAGCUUCCGUGACUCGACACCCUCGACGAAGGAAUACAACGUCUUCAAUGAGAUUCUGGAGAGCGCCCCGGUGAGGAUCGCCUGGCGUCAGAAGAACCUCAAGAAGCUCUCCGACCACUUCGCCCAGCUCCUCCUCAAGUCCCAAUGA